AUGGCCCCGCUCCGAGCAGUUGUCAGCCUCUUCCUCCUGCUGCGACUCGUCGAAAAUGUGCCCUCACUCGGCGACCCGAACUACAGCUGCGACCCGAAAUUGAUGGCACCUAGCGCCACAGUACCAAAAAACGUCAACCAAGUGCGCCCGGCAGACAUCAAGGUCAUUGGAGUGUUGGGCGAUUCGCUGACGGCAGCCAACGGAGCUGGUGCUCCACGCAGUGACCCUCUCGCCAUCGUCCUCCAAUACCGAGGCCUGUCUUUCCACGGGGGCGGCCAGCUGGAGCUCGAGCAGCAGAUCACCAUCCCGAACAUCCUCAAGAAGUACAACCCGAAAUUGUUUGGUCAUUCGGUUGGGACGGGAUCGGAGAACGUAUGGGAGACGGCCCGCCUCAACGCCGGAAUCCCCGGCGCGAAAAGUCUUCCCGGUGGCAACAACCUCACCGGCCAAGCCAUGGAUCUCGUCCAGAAGAUCAAAUAUCAUUCCGAUACGAUCGACAUCAAAAAUGACUGGAAGCUGAUCAGCAUCUUCAUCGGCGGCAACGAUGUUUGUGGAUGGUGCACGCAUCCGUACAACGAUGGCGACACGUCGCCGCAAAGCUACGCCGAGGGCAUCCGUAAUGCCGUUAAGGUGCUCAAGGACAAUUUGCCACGGACAAUCGUCCAGCUGAUGGGCUUCAUGCAUAUGGAUUUGUUGCGUCAGAUUGACAAUGGCCAAUUCUUCUGCCAGGCAUUGCACGUCUUCGAAUGCCAUUGUGAAGCUGAUCAAGUCAGCGACGACGACCUCCGGAAUGUAUCGAUUUCUUACCAGAUCGAAGCCCAGAAAAUCGAAGACUCGCAAAUGUUCGACGGCGACGACUUCACCUUCGUGAUUCAGCCAUGGUUCGAGGAGGUCGACAAGAUUCCGCAUGUUAAAAACGAAUCGAUUCUCGACUUUUUCGCGCCGGACUGCUUCCACUUCUCGCAGCUCGGCCAUUCUAUCGUGGCCCACAACCUGUGGAACAACAUGCUCGAGCCGGUCGGCCAGAAAACGCGCUACAUGCCGCUGGAUUUGUACGAGCCGCACCUAUCUUGCCCGGAUCCGAAAUGUCCCUUCUACCGUACCCACAAAAACAGCCAGAACUGCCAGAUGACGCCGUCGGCAUUGGAU